AUGUUCAAGCUCGCCGUGGUCGUCGCCCUUGUGGCCGUCGCCUUCGCCACCGUCACACCGGCGACCCAAUGCACCUCAGGAUGUGUCUUCCUGCAAACCAAGCUCGGCUUGGGCGUCUCCGUCGGCCUCAUCAAGCUCUCGGCCGAUGGAUGCCAGUCCUUCACCCCGACCUGCUUCAGCUCGGCCGAACACAUCCACCUCGAUGAUGCCGACUACGAUGGACAGAUGCCCCUGCAGUGCAGCAACGGCCAGUGCGGCGUCGCCCUCGACGCGGACAGAUGCCACACCGUCGAGCCCGCUUGCAUGAACGGCAAUUUGCAUAUUGAGAUCGACGGAGACCGCUGGGAUGGAGAGCCUCUCGAAUGCUUUGACAGAAAAUGGUACCUCAACGGUGAGCCGGUCACCGAAAUCAACUGCGUCCGC